CUUGCCACCGGAGUCGAGUCAUUGGCACAAAUUGUUUUACGGGAUAAUACGUACUCGUACAUGACCAUGAUGCAGAAAUCGACGAUGAGGCUGGCAUUGCUCCUGGUUCUGGUGACGAUCUAUGUCACAUUGUUGCCACACAAUAUUCUUACUGAAGCGGCACCCAGCAAACGCAACCGAAUACAAAUAUGUGGAAAUCAACUGUCGGACACGGUGACCAUGAUUUGCCGCGGAAGGUUUAACUCCCACAGACUCUUGAAGCGAACCAGCAAUUUACUCGACAUAUUUGAUUAUGUGGAUCAUCUGGAUGAGGCAGAGGAUGACAUUGAAAGUGGCAAUGAGUUGGCAUUGCCGGACACAGAGAACGCCUGGUGGCAGCCCCAUAGUCGUAACUCCCUUGUUGGUACCCGAAGACGUGUGCGCGGACUCGCGGACGAGUGUUGCAAGAAGGCUUGCUCAAUUAGCGAAAUGAAACAUUACUGUCUAAAUUAGGUGUAGAGGAAGAGAACACACCCGAAUACCCAUUGGCCGACUGGACUCGCUCUGAAACAUUACCUUAGACUUUGUUGUUAUUUAUAUAUAUAUAGUAUUUGUAUAGUAUAUAUCUAAAUGUAAAUUCUUUAUUGAAAUUAACUAUGCGCGCUGUUUAUU